AUGGAGAGGCCUUCCUUGGAAAUUAACCUGCCUGAUACUCACGAAGAAGGAAAACUUUAUGUAGUUGACUCCUUAAACAACCUAAACAAACUAAAUGUUUGUCCAGAUGGAUCCCAACAUGCACUAGAUGUGGAAGAGAACACUGGUGAUACUGAAGAAAAUACAUCAGGGAGCAACAUUAGAAACCAGUGUUUGUUCUUCAUCACCUUUAUUCUUACUUUGAUCAUCAGUUUGGCACUUGUUUCGUUUGUAAUAUUCUUAAUAAUUCAAACUAGAAACAAGAUGGACCAAAUAUCAAGCAGACUAAUAUCUGAAAAGAAGAACAUAGAAGAGCUUAAGAAAAUGAACAAUAUGAUAUUAAAGCAUCUAAAUCAAUCAGGAAUUAAAAGGAGAUACCUCUUCACACAGUCUCCUGAUCUUCAUGAUUACCUCUUUACCCAUGCUGAGCUGAAAGUCCCUGGAGAAUAG